AUGUGUGAUAAUGCGAAAGAUUUAACAAAUUUUCUGAAAAUCAAGCAAGAUACUGCAUAUGCUUUUAAAUGUCAAGGAAAAGUUAAUUUUAUCAUGGGAAGAUAUGAUGAAGCACUUAUUGAUCUAACAAAAUUGCCUGAUAUUGAGCCCAACAGCAAAUUUGC